AUGACACCAGAAUUUUUAGAUUUUCUUACAUUCCUGGUAUUCUAUUUAAAGACCAAAAUAACCCCCCAAAAAGGCAAACUUAUACCAUUCCAAAAAAAUAGAACUUGUAUAUGUGUGACUGUUGAGCAUUUGAUGAAAGAAUUGGAAACAGAAAGAGAAAGAAGGAUAAAAUCUGAACAAGCCACCAAGAAAUUAGCUGAUUAUAUAAAAGAUUUACAAGAAAAAGUUAAAGAAGACCAGACUAUUAAGGAUACUGCUAUAGAUGCUACAAGUCAUUUAAAACUAGUUUUAAUGAAUGAAAAAGAGAUUAAAGAAAGAUUAAAAGAUCAGAAUGAUAAGCUAAAGGAAGAAGUGAGUAAACUUUCAGAAGAGUUACAGAAGAGUAAACAAACAGAAGCUUUGCAGAGAGAAACAUUAAAGAAAUUUGAUGAAGCCAUAACUCAACAAGAACGAGAAAAACUUCAACAAGAUGCUCAUAUAAAUAAGAAAUAUCAAGAAGUUCAGAUGAAAUGUGCUGCUUUAAAUCGUGAGUUGGAUAUGUUACGUCAAGCUGGAGAUAAACAGAAGAGUAAGAUUCAGGCUUUACAGGAACUUCUGGCUAACAGAGAACAAGAACACAGGGAUGAAUUGAAAAAGAGAUAUACCUUAGAUAGUCCACAGUUACAAUCAGUUAUUGAUAAGGAAGUUAAACAGAAAGAAAGAGAAUACACGAAUGAGAAUAAAAUACAGCAAGAAAAAUUCCAUUUGGACAAUCACAAUGUUGAUCAUGUAGAACUCAAGUUUCUUGGCUUCAUCCAUGUUAUUGAUGGAAAGAUUGACUGGUGUGGUGCCAGAGAGGCGAGUAUGUUUCCUGAUUCGGCGGCUUCUAAGGAAUCAUCAGAUAGCCCAUCAGAAACUAAAACUGUAAAGGAAACUGCAACUGUGCCAGAUGAGUCAGUAUUUUCAGUGAAUGCUACUGCACUGUUUAAAACACAGGAUUACAAUUGUACUAGCCAAUCUAUAGGUAGUGCUUCUAUUUCUAUGUCUCUUUCACGUCAUGUAUCUGAGAAGCUUAAGCAAGACAUAUGGAUAAAUAAGUAUGUUGAUUUAAGUGCUUUGCUUCCAGGUGCAGUGCCAACUCAACUUUCAUUGAAUAUUUCUGAGGCAGACACUGAUCCAGUGCUAAAAUUAACAUCUACAGCAAAGCCUCGAGUUUUGAAUUUGGAAUUAUGGCAACAAGCUUUCGCUAUCUUUAUGGAUAUUGUGUUACAAAAAAGUCCUCAGUUGGCAUCUAGUUUGUUGGUAUAUAAUAACCUCAUCUCUGAGUUGGCAUGGUUGUAUGGAGCCAAAGCAUUUACAUACUAUGAUUCGCAAUUCCGCCUGUCUCGUCAGACAUCAAACUAUCCAUGGGACCAAAUUCACCCUGAGUUUUGGCUGAGGGCUACUACUCUGUAUGGAUCACAUAUCCAAAAAACUCCAUCCAUUAAUCGCAAUAAAGGCAAUGGCAACCAAGUUGCCAAUGUUUGUUGGGGGUUUAAUACUCAGUCGGGUUGUAAAAGGCAACUUUGUCGUUUUGCACAUACCUGUAGUAAAUGUGGUUACAAACAUCCGAUUUAUAAAUGCUAUGCUAAGGUUAGGAAAGUUGAUACUGAAUCGUUGAGUCAGGACACAGGUGUGCAGAGUCUAAAUCCCUCAGCAUCCAUCUUUCCAGUGCCCUACUCUCCUGAUACGACAGUGCCUGCGUCUAAUGCAUCUAGUAGUCAACCGACACAGCAGGCUUCUCGUUAUUCAUUUCGUAAAACAGGUUCUGCCACCACUAAGAGUGCCAACACCCCUGUAUCAAAAUAG